AUGGGCUCCAAGACCUUGGAAAACGAAGACCGUCGGGAAUAUGUGGUCCCGUCAUCCAGCGGAUCCUGUUCUGCCGGCGGAGAGCCACGAGGCAGCCACCUUUUGCGAGAUGGUGAUGGGUGUAUGGGUAGCCAGGGCGCGGACGAAGGCGACAAUGACGACGAUGACGAUGAAUCGCAUGCUGCUGCCACCGUUUCGCUGACGUGCCCUACGUCUGGCGAGGCAAGCAAGAAAAAGAAGCGCAAGAGGUCCAAAAAGAAGAAGGCCCAGACCGCUCUCAAGCAGUCGUCACCUCCGAGGAUCCCGCUUCACCAGCUCUUUUCUUGUGGGGAGUAUCGACCCGGCGAGCUGUGCGACUAUGAGACGACUUCUACCGUCAAGGCGCCCGAGCUGCGUUACCAAGGACAGCGUGCUCUUGAAGACCCCACGUUCCUGAAUAAUUACCGAAAGGCGGCUGAAGUUCACCGCCAGACUCGGAAAUGGGUACAGGAAUCUGUCAAGCCAGGCCAGACACUUACUGAGAUUGCCGUUGGAAUCGAAGAAAGUGUUCGAGCCCUCCUGGAUAACGCUGGGCUGGAGGCCGGACAGGGUCUACAAUCAGGCCUUGGGUUCCCCACGGGCCUGUCGCUGAACCACUGCGUGGCACAUUAUACGCCGAACCCCGGCCAAAAGGACGUGGUGCUUCAGCGGCAGGACGUCAUGAAGGUCGAUUUUGGCGUCCACGUCAAUGGCUGGAUUGUCGACAGCGCGUUUACAAUGUCGUUUGACCCGACGUAUGAUAAUCUCCUGGCCGCGGUGAAGGACGCGACCAACACGGGUAUCAAGGUGAGAGGAGAAUCCAUCAGGAUUGCCGGCGGCAUGGAACUGACGAGGCAGAAUGCCGGAAUCGACGUGCGCAUCAGCGACGUUAGCGCCGCGAUUCAAGAAGCCAUGGAAAGUUAUGAAGUGGACAUCCGGGGCAAGACGUACCCCGUGAAGCCCGUGCGGAAUCUCUGCGGACACGACAUUAAACACUAUCGCAUCCAUGGCGAGAAGACAAUUCCAUUUGUCAAAAAUUCGAACCAGACCAAGAUGGAAGAGGGCGACGUCUUUGCCGUCGAAACAUUUGGCAGUACGGGGCGUGGCUUCAUCCGGGACGGCCCAGGUAUUUACGGCUAUGGCUUAAGCCACAGUCCUCCGGAGCGCGUGUCUCUCCCCUGGAGCUCAGCGAAUAAACUGUACAAGACGAUCAAGGCGAACUUUGGGACGCUGGUGUUUUGUCGUCGGUACCUGAAUCAUGUCGGCCUGGACCGUUACCUGGCCGGGAUUAAUUGUCUCGUGUCGAAUGGAAUACUCGAUGAUUAUGCGCCUUUAAUGGAUGUUCCUGGGUCUUACUCGGCGCAGUUUGAGCAUACUAUUUUGCUGCGCGAGUCGGCAAAGGAGGUUGUUAGUCGUGGUGACGACUAUUGA